AAAUGUAUACCACCACAACAAGCCGUCCGGCUGGCACGGUCCAGUCUGGCGCCGACUUGCAUCAUGAAAUGUGUACCACCACAACAAGCCGUCCGGCUGGCAUGGUCCAGUCUGGCGCCGACUUGCAUCAUGAAAUGUGUACCACCACCACAAGCCGUCCGGCUGGCAUGGUCCAGUCUGGCGCCGACUUGCAUCAUGAAAUGUGUACCACCACCACAACUAACCGCCACAUGCUAGGCGCUGACCGGAAAAUCGAAAUUAAAAAGUACAAAAACCACCAAAGUAAAGAGGAGGAGGAGGAAGAGGAUUCCACGACGCCCCGCCGGAUUGAUGGCGCCGACCAUUCUUACGAACACCUUCCGCACGACCUAGAGCGGAGCGACGCGUCCACCUCGCGUCACGACGCGUCCACCUCGCGUCAUGACAGUGACGACCACCAAAUGCGCGUUGACAGCAACCAACAUGAUGUCUAUAUUCAGCCGGAUUAUGUUCAACAGGACCGGAUUCAAUCGGGCCAUCAGAUUCAAUCCGACCAUCAGAUUCAAUCGGACCAUCAGAUUCAAUCGGGACACCAGAUUCAAACGGGCGACCAGAUUCAAUCGGACCACCAGAUUCAAUCGGACCACCAGAUUCAAUCGGAACACCAGAUUCAAUCGGAACACCAGAUUCAAUCGGAACACCAGAUUCAAUUGGAACAUCAGAUUCAACCAAACCCUACUCAAUCGGGCCGCCGUACUGAAUUGGAACGUAUUCAAUGCGAUCAUCCGGAACUAUUCAUGUCCGACACGAUAGAUCGCGAGGACGACCCCCACGACGUUAUGUUCGAAUAUAUAAACCGAAGGCUACGCAGCAACCGAAGAAGAAGGAGCCAACCACAACUCGAUAUUCGUGAAGCAAUGGGUCGUCCUAGUCGGUCUGGACGUACAAGGGGCGACCGGCAGCGAAGAAGGUCCCACGUUAACUCUUAUUCUAUCUCACAAAUGUUCAUAGAGCCGCUGAUCGCUCUGACCGGUCUUCGUCGCUCGACGGGCAAUGCCGGACCUCUGCGCAUUCCCCGUCGCAUCGCUAAUGAUCAUGAUAGCGACAGCGAUGACAGCGACGAUACUUUCUGGUCAGCUAUAGAAGACGAACAGGCAGAUUGGUCCCCUCCGAUAAUGUCGUCAGUCAGUGAUAUAUUAUGUGACGACGGUGAUGACGACACCUUGCCUAAUAACGCUGACCCGAUCCAGGUUGACCCAAGCCGGAAUGGUUCGGACCACGUGCGUUUCGACCAAACUGGUGCAAGCCAAACUGGUGUAAGGGAGGCUUCCACGAGUCACCCAGGGGAGGGUGACUCAAGCAGGGCUCGUCCGAUUCUAAUUGUCCCAGUCGGCACUCGUCCGAUUCAGAGUAUCCAAAUCAAUACUGACGAAAGCCAGAACGGCUCGGACCACACGCUCUGGGACCAAACUGGUGUGAGUCAAACUGGUGUAAGGCAGACUGACUCACCCAGGAGUCACCCAGUGGAGGGUGGCUCAAGCAGGACUCGUCCGACUCAGGCUGUCCCAAUCCAGGUUGACCCAAGCCAGAAUGGUUCGAACCAUAUGCAUUCGGACCAAACUGGUGCAAGUCAAACUGGUGUAAGGCAGACUGACUCAUCCGGGGGUCGCCCAGUGGAGGGUGGCUCAAGCAGGACUCGUCCGAUUCAGGCUGUCCUAAUCCAGGUUGACCCAAGCCAGAAUGGCUCGAAGCAUGUGCGUUCGGACCAAACUGGUGCAAGUCAAACUGGUGUAAGGCAGACUGACUCAUCCAGGG